AUGGUGGAGGCAUUGAUUUUUGAAUGGGUGUUGAAGGCCCUGUGUUGCAAGGGAGAGAGCCAGCAGAGGCGUCGCGUCGCUACCACCACAUCCACAGUCCUGCUGAAACACGAGUUGUUUGUGGACAUGACCUGUGAAGGCUGCUCCAGUGCAGUCAGUCGGGUGCUCAACAAGCUGGGAGGAGUUGAGUUUGGCCUUGACCUGCCUAACGAGAAGGUUUGCGUCAACUCUGAGCACAGCGUGGAUCUUCUGCUGGAGACCCUGGGAAAAACAGGACAAGCUGCUUCCUACCUCGGCCCCAAGUAGUGAGGGCCUGGACCCUGGGCCCAAGAUGGAGCAAAGCGGGCAGGCCGCUGAUCCUCUCCUGCCUUCCCGACAGACCUGGGCCUGGCAGUCCUACUCAGCAGUGGGAGUUCCUACAGAGACCCUCACUUGCCCUGCUCCUCCCUAGCGUCCCUGCAAUAAAAUCGAGCCACUUUGGUUGUAAGUGUUAAAAAAAAAAAAUAGUGCAAGGGCAAUUAAUUGUGCAAGGCAUUUAUUUUAUUAAGGGUAGAAAAUAUUUCCGUAGAUUGAUAAUGUGAUAGAUGAUUAACUUGGAUCAUGUUAUAGAUGAUUCAUUGCCUCCUUAGUUAAGGCAACAAGUCCUUUAUGAGAUUCAACCCUAGCUGGUAUACUUAGAAUGGUAAUUUUCUUUUUUUUUUUAAAGUUUAUUUAUUUUGAGAGAGUGAGAGAGCACGUGGGAGCAGGGGAGAGGCAGAGAGAGAGAGAGAGAGAAUCCCAAGCCAGCUGUCAGUACAGAGCCCAGCGCAGGGCUCGGACUCAUGAACCGUGAGAUCCUGACCUGAGCCGAAAUCUAAAUGUUUAAUCAUCUCAGCCACCCAGGCGCCCCUAAAAUGGUAAUUUCUGAGAAGAGAAGGUCUUUGGAUCAUCAUAUUCUCAUUAUAUAAAGAAGCAGUUUUGAGAAGCUGUGAUUUGCCACCAGGUCAUAGAGCUAAUGACAUAAAUCACUUUCACAAAGGAAUCUAAUUUCUAAAAUCAUACAUUCUAAAAUAACCCAAAGUUACCCUGGUCCUUUAUCUUCCUCUCUUUCGGACCCAUCCUGUAAUUCCAGCCCAUCACAUGCAGCCUCUGAAAGGUCCACUCAGCCACCCCAAAUCAGGGUGGUUAUGUGUGUAUAAUUUCUUUCUGGAUGAAAUGUGAUUUCCUUCUUGAGUCUUAAAUUUUACUUUGAUUUCAGUGCCUUGGAUUAAUCAACCUAAUUAGACAGUUAAUGUCUAGAGACUAUUUUUCAUGCAUAUCAUGUCAGUGGUUUUUUUGUGUGUGUGCUACAUGAUACUUGAGGUUGGAAUGUCAGAAAAAUGUAGCUCUUACCAUUCAGUAAAUGUUCCAGUUGUUAAAUAAUCAUAUUGCCCUGUACACCAUAUUAAGCAUUUUGUUUUACUAAUUGUAAUAAAUAUCUAACAUAAGGACAAAUGCUUUUAGGUAUUUUUGGGUAUUAUUAACCUUUAUUUUACAGGGUAGGGCUUAGAAAUACUACCUCCGGUUUCAGAUAGUGGCUCCACUUAAUUGUAUGACUUGGACACGUUUUUGGACUCCAGUGUGCUUUUAUUCAUUGUCACGAUGGUUUGUUUAGCUGUAAAUAAUACAUAAAGUGCUUAGAAUGGGGCUUGGCAUAUGUUGAGCAUUUGACUAUUUGCUGAAUGGUGGAUGGAUGUAGUUUUGGUGGUAGUAUGUGCUGAUUAAACUGAUAAAAAUAUAUGGAUAAUGAUUAGUAUGUGUCCCCUAAAGUUAGAGAUUGAAUGUGUUUAAUAGCGUUUUAUUAAUUUCAGUAAGCUAAAAAGAGGAAAUUGAAAAUCCUUAGAACAUCUUUUGUUUCCUUUUGAUUAUAUUUUGUUUGUAUUUUAACACUCUUCAUCAGUUACCUACUCUUCUAAAUAAAUCAGCUUCUUAUAUAAAGAAUAAGCUAACUGGGGCGCCUGGGUGGCUCAGUCGGUUAAGCGGCCGACUUCGGCUCAGGUCAUGAUCUCACAGUCCGUGAGUUCGAGCCCCGUGUCGGGCUCUGUGCCGACAGCUCAGAGCCUGGAGCCUGCUUCAGAUUCUGUGUCUCCCUCUCUCUGACCCUCCCCCAUUCAUGCUCUGUCUCUCUCUGUCUCAAAAAUAAAUAAACGUUAAAAAAAAAAAAAUAAAGAAUAAGCUAACUAUAUGAUGAGGGACAAGAGCAGUUUAUUUUGUCUGUAAACAGGAAUCACUUAUAAAUGAGUUUAAGGUAAACAUAUUAUUUUAGUUUGUUGAAUGCCAUGGAAUAUUACCACUGAAGCCAAAGGAAUUGUUUAGAAAAACUGUUGAUGUGAUGGUAGGAUUAUUAUAAGCCAAAAUAAUUCACUCCUGGGGAUAGAAUU